UUAUUUUAAACUCAUCAUUCUCUUGUUGCACGCACCUACUGAACGCUGCUUGCUUUCCCUCUGCUGCUAUCCAUCGUCAUUCUUGUUCUUCCUUUUUGUUCCCUCUUUAACGACCUGCUAAUCCAAUCUGUGCGCUUUUGUGCAAAGAGGGCCCCGUACCCCGUCACUCCUUACCAUCAUCAUCAUCAUCAUCAUCCCGUUCUGCUGCUACACUCGUCUGGACACUGUAUCACCAUCCGACAACGACCACGACGACAAUAACAACAACAACGAUACACAUCAGCCGCUUGGUACCAGCAGACGUCGACUAUCACGCUCACUCGACCCUCGACACUCGACACUCUGCCCUCUCGCUCGCUCGCUCGCUCUCUCUCUAUCUCGCUAUCUAUCUCUGGAUCUCGAUCGAUACUGUACUCUACUACGAUAACCUGUCCGGUGCGACACACAUCACCGACUCUUGACCACCACCAAAACCCAACUUAAUCGUAACCCGUUUCAAAUCCUAUCUUUGGAUGUGUUUCGAUUGAUAUACCAUCCAGACAGGAAAACCUUGGAAACCGAACGUCAGAAACAGCUCCGCUCGCAAUGGAGUACGCAGCACAGACGACCCCUCCCAUGGGUCAAUCACCAUUCUUCUAUUAUCAGCCGGAACCGAGCCCAGACACAAAACAGCAUGGCCACUUUGCACCGCACCCUCACUACCACCCCGGCCUCCCCAUGGCUAUUGUUCCCUCGAGUCCUGGACAAGUAAUGUACUUUCACCAACCCCCAAUGCAGCACCAGUACCGACCACAAUCCGCUGGAUCGUAUUCGCACUACCAGCAACAUGCACAAGCCUACGGUCCACCUCCAAUGCUGACACCAGACGCCUCGCCCCGUCAGCAUCAGAGACUGGGCUACUUUAUGCCCCAGCAAGAAGCUCAAGGUUUAAUCGUCAACACCGAAUGUCACAACUACCACCCGGCCACACCCACACAUUCCGCCACUUCCGGCUCAUUCAGCUCUGCUUCAACACCUCCAUCAACCUGCGGCCUCCAGCCCACUCCUGUUGAUGGACAAGGCGUGUUCUUUGCAAAGCCCCCAAUGUCAGCAUACCCCGCCAUCAAGCAAGGCUGUGAAGAAGAGGUACAUUUGGAGGUGUUGGCAGGCGGCGACUGGAGCACUCGGCCAGGCUCGCCGCCCAUGACUCCUGUAUUCUUGCACAACUCCAUCAGUGCAGAGAGCUCUCAAGCAGCAGCGGCGGCAUACGAAAUGGCCAGCGGUGCGACCUUGCUGCAACACUCGCCAUGCACAUCUCCCGCAUCGCCCAUGUCACGUUCCGCGGCAACGGAACAGGAAGUCUGCGAUCCACGAGAUCUCAUGUCGAGCACGUCGGGAGUGGACUUCCACGCCAUGCCCGCGCUGUGCAAUGGAGACGAAACGGGCGAGUUCAAGGUCACCACCACCACCACCACCACAGCUUUCAAAAGCGACAUUUCCCCACCCCAGGUCCACAUUGCGGAAGCUGCCGAGCCACGCUUUUAUGCCGGACUUCCCACCUUCGAACCCAUUUUCGAGCUCGACGUGGAAGACGAAUUUGGCGGUAUGGUGUCCUACUCAGCAUCGCACGACGUGCAGUACAACGGCGCCAAGCGCCAGCGCCUCUCGGUCGCAUCCGGCGUCGACGACGACGGCUUCUUCAGCGAGGAGAGCUACAGCGACGACGAGCUGGCCCCGGGCGCCUACUCACCACCCGUCUCAGACUACCCGAUCCCAGAAGACUCGGCCGCCGCCCACAGCAAGCCCAAACGCAAGACGAGUAGGAAAGAGACGGUUCUCCAACACGCCGCCGCGCAGUCCACCGCCCAAGAGGCAUCGUCGGCACCCACCUCCAACGCGCCAUCGCAGGCAUCGUCGGAGAACAACGAGACGGCGGCCUCCACGCCCGCUCAGAGUGGCAGUGUGUCGCGUCGCGGUCGCAAGCAGUCUCUGACAGACGAUCCGUCCAAGACGUUUGUCUGCACGCUCUGCAGUCGCCGCUUCCGCCGACAGGAACACCUCAAGCGCCAUUACCGCUCUCUCCAUACCCACGAAAAGCCUUUUGAGUGCUCCGACUGCGGCAAGAAGUUCUCUCGAUCAGACAACCUGAGCCAGCACCAGCGGACUCACGGCGCGGGCACAAUGGUCAUGGGCGUGUUAUCCCAGCCGGGCGAGCAACACAUGCAUCAUCAACCCAUCGAGUCUGUCAACGGCGGUGACGCGGGUUCCGUGAUCCGACCCAAGCAGGAGCAGCAGCAACAGUACACGCCGCAGCCACUCCAGUACGCGCAGCACCACCGGCUGUCACCUGAUACUGGCGAGCUUGGUGCUAUGCUCUUCGAUGUGACUGCUCAGGUUUCUGGCUCGAGCUCCAGCUCCAGCAGCAUGGGCUAUUCGGAAGACGAGUUCACUGCCCACGGCGACCAGAAGCCUGCCAGGAAGAGAAAGCGGGACGCGUGAGCUCCUUCUUGCUACAUGAAGACGCCUAUGCAAUGACACGAACAUCCGUAAAUUGCCUAGGAGACGCCACGAUACGAAAUUGAUGUCGUUACGCCGGGGAUAACAAUAAAAAAAGGACAUGGGAUGGCGCUCUGAUGUGGAAGAUAUCACCUUGCCUCCACACACACCUCUUCUCUUCGCACGGAAUAGACAGCACGACGAUUCAACCUUACUACUUUCAUGGACAUGCUUUGCUACAGUGUUGCCUGUACAACUAAUACUUUUCGACGGGGACGGACUUUGAAGGACUUUUUCGCGUUUGUCUUUUUCUGUGCUGCACCUUUGCUGUACAGUACCUUUUUGCUUUUUCUUCGGGCAGUUCACUAUGGGGGGGUUCGGGUGGCCGGGAGGGAAGGUCCCCGGCUCAAAUGUACUACUACCAGUGAUGGGGGCACUCCGCGCCGGUCGAGGAGAAGGUGAUAACUCGUGUUAUGUACCUUAUUGUGUAUCAUACUGAGCAAAAGCGAUCAACGUUACGCACAAACACACACACUCUCUCUCAUAC